UUUAUAGGAGAUCGAGAGUCUGAGUUCCUGCUGCCUCCUAGGUUAAGUAACUCAGAGACUGGAGAAUAUGCCGCCUAGAUGACGACGGUACAGGACAGCACGGGCCAGCGGAACUUCCCUGGGUCCCAGCCCGGAGCAGCUUCGCUCAGCCCCGAGUGUGCAGGUGGCGGCCGCCCUGACUAACUCGGCCAGGGAUGGUGCAGUGGCCCCGGGCAGAGCUUGCAGACCGCCCUGCGCUCAUCUGAGGUCAGAGGCAGCCCCUGCCCAGGUCUUUUCAACCUCACCAGGCUGAUGCGGACUGGGCAGCCUGGUUGUGGGAGGUCCCGGUCUGUCACCCAGUGCCACGGAGGCGCAAGAAGUUUUCUCUACAGCAAGACCCACGUGUUGAGGGGCGUGCAGAUGCGCUUCGGGAGAGAUGGGAGACUGAGUGGAUGAGCCCAGGGCGCCGGUGGCAUGAAACAGGGAGUUGCCUCCUUGUGAUCAUCACUGGUAUUUUCAGAAUUUUCUGUGACACCCUCCCUGCCCCUUUCGGAUUAUUGGGCUGUGGUUUCUUCCUAUAAAAACCCCUUCUCGGGCUUCUGGGUGCUGCCGCUGCCGCCGCUGUUGCUCCCGCCGCCGCCGCCGCCGCCUUGGAACCCGGGCCUGGGGGGGCGGUGGGGCCUCUCAUGGAGCCCCCGCCCCCCAGAGCUGCCGCCGCCCCUGCCGGGCCACACGCAGGUCCCUCUGGAAUGGCGUGAGCACUUCCCUAGCGAUGGACCCGUCUGUGACGCUGUGGCAGUUUCUGCUGCAGCUUCUGAGAGAACAAGGUAACGGCCACAUCAUCUCUUGGACCUCACGGGAUGGCGGUGAAUUUAAGUUGGUGGACGCAGAGGAGGUGGCCCGUCUGUGGGGGCUGCGCAAGAACAAGACCAACAUGAAUUACGACAAGCUCAGCCGGGCGUUGCGGUACUACUACGACAAGAAUAUCAUCCGCAAGGUGAGCGGUCAGAAGUUUGUCUACAAGUUUGUAUCCUUCCCAGAGGUUGCAGGGUGCUCCACUGAAGACUGCCCACCCCAGCCUGAGGUGUCUGUAGCCUCGACUGUCGCCAUGGCCCCUGCUGCUAUCCAUACAGCCCCAGGGGACACUGCCAGUGGAAAGCCAGGAACACCCAAGGGUGCAGGAAUGGCAGGCCAAGGUGGUUUAGCACGCAGCAGCCGAAACGAAUACAUGCGCUCGGGCCUCUACUCUACCUUCACAAUCCAGUCCCUGCAGCCACAGCCACCACCACCUCUGCAUCCUCGGCCUGCCUCAGUGCUCCCCAACACUACCCCUGCAGGAGUACCAGCACCUCCCUCGAGGAGCAGGAGCACCAGUAUAGAAGCCUGUUUGGAGGCUGAAGAGGCUGGUCUGCCCCUGCAGGUUAUCCUGACCCCACCCGAGGCCACAAACCAGAAAUCAGAAGAGUUGAGUCUGGAGCCAGGUUUUGGCCGUCCACUGCCCCCAGAAGUGAAAGUGGAGGGACCUAGGGAAGAACUGCAAGCAGUAGAGGCUGCAGGCUUCGGUUCAGAAACUGUCAAAACUGAACCAGAAGUCUCACCCUCAGAAGACCUUCUGGCUCGGCUCCCAGCUGUCAUCAUGGAAAAUACAGCACAGGUUUGUGGCCUCUCUGCCUCUGCCACUGAGAUCGCCCAACCCCAGAAGGGCCGGAAGCCCCGGGAUUUGGAACUUCCACUCAGCCCAAGCCUGCUGGGUAGCCCAGGACCUGAACGGACUCCUGGAUCAGGAACAGGCUCUGGUCUGCAGGCACCAGGGCCAGCACUGACGCCAUCCCUGCUACCCACACAUACCUUGACCCCGGUGUUGCUGACACCCAGCUCACUGCCCCCCAGCAUUCACUUCUGGAGCACUCUGAGUCCAAUUGCACCCCGUAGUCCAGCCAAGCUCUCCUUCCAGUUUCCGUCCAGUGGCAGCGCACAGGUGCACAUCCCUUCCAUCAGCGUGGAUGGCCUCUCGACCCCCGUGGUGCUCUCCCCAGGGCCCCAGAAGCCAUGACUCCACCACCACCCCCUUUCUGGAGUCCCUCCAUCCCUGCUCCUCAACUCUCCAACGAGCCAUCUCAAGGAGAAACAGUUCAACCGACAGACUCAUGCUCUGCUCGUGGUGGGGUGGAUAUUCCUGGGAAAGAGAGAAUCUUUCACUAACUUCCACCCAAAAUAGACAACUUCUUUCUUUCUUUCUUUUUGCCAGCCUCCCAGUGGCCGCCUUUACACGUCUCCUACUUGAAUGGUAGACGCGGUUUAUUUAUUUAUUUUUUGAAGGCCACUGGGAAGAAUCUGGCCUAACCCUUUUAGGAGAGUGGCUAAGACAUCUCCCCCAUUUUUUCCCCAGUUUUCUCCCUAAAACAAGACAAUCAGGGUAUGGCUUGAAAAGGACCUUUAUUUAUUUCUCAGCCUGCCCUUGGGGAGAUGAGGGUGCCCUGUCUUUAUUUUGCAACCUGGGUUGAAGAGCUAGUUUGUUUUGUUUUAUUAUUCCUGGCCAUAUCUGAGUCCAGGAAGCACUUGUAUGAUUUAAUGGUUUGGGAGUGGUAGCCAAGGAAGAAUCACACUGUUCACAUAGGAAUUGCUACCUCCCCAACCUUCUCAGUCAGCUUGUUCUUUCUCAAGUAAGCUUUCAGCCAGGGAGGAAUACUCCUCUUGUUCUUCCCCUGAGAAGCCAUUCCUUUGUCUCCAAAUUCCCUGGGGGCCUGCCUAUUACCUCCCAAUGGAGGGUUUUUUUGGGGUGGUGGUCCCCGUCUGGGGGGCCCCUCCAGCAAGUACUCCAGGGCUCUCUGUCUCCCAUCUUCUUCCAUUUUGAUAGUAUAAUCUAUUUUUAAAUGGGGCUUUUCGAUAGGGGAGGGGGAAGCAUCCCUUCCUAUAUAUGAUGGGUGGGUAGGCGGGUGGGUGGGAAGUAAUGGAUUUGGAGGCGGUCUUCCUGCCAACCUCAAGUGUUUAUUUUUGAUACCAAAUGUGUAUUUUCAGCUCCCUCCCUCCCAGCCCCCCAAUUUCCUGCGGGCAGGUGCAAAGGACCCUUUUAAGUGUCCCUGGAGUUGGGAGGGAGGAAUGGGGAACAUGAAGCCUGUCUUGUAUCAAUUCUAGGCUGGAAGGAAUGGAUUCAAAAAACUCCCAGGCUCACCUCCUGUCAGCACUGGCCCAGACCAGGCCUGAAGACCUGGGGGCUGGUGAUUUGGGGGACGGUGCUACACUCGUCUCCAUUGUUUGUUUUACUUCCCCAAAAUGGACCUUUUUUUCUAAGAGUCCCAGAGAAUGGGGAAUUGUUCUGUAAAUAUAUAUUUUUAAAGGUGAAAAAGAAAAAAAAACCUUCUCUUGGUCACUCGGGGUCCAACUCCUUCCCUGCGUGGGUUAUGAGUCUCGGCCCCAGUGCACUGGUACCUGUCAAUAAACCUCGUGUGAUGCAGCACGGUCUCUCGUGAGUUACUGGGGGUGGGGGUGGGGUCGUGUUAUCCUGAGACUUGAGUGAGAGUCUCUCCACACCGGGGGGUCUUUCAUUAUCCACCUUUUAAUUCCAGCACUGAGUAGCCAAAACAGUUGGAUCUCUGAGUUUGAUGCCACCCUACAGAGUGAGCUGCAGAACAGCCAGGACUAUGCUGAGAAACCCUGUCUUGAAAAAAAUAUAAAGGAAACAAACAACAAAAAUGAAGUAGGUUUAGGGCCAUGCUGAAUCUGAGCUGGUCUAGAGAACUCUGUGAGAAGGUAUUGAGUGUACGUCUGGAGUUCUGGACAGAGAUUCCUAUUGGAGACACCCCAUUUAGGUGACCUAUAUGUACAUAGAUGUAGAAAUCAGUACUAUUAAAAAAGAAGUUCAGGGGAUGGUGUGAGCAUUGCUAGGAGCAAGGCAGGGGGUUAGGGAUCAGCUUAGGAGCACUGGACUCAUCUCUCAGAUUGAGAUGGGAUCACAAAGACAGACAAGGUUGUCAUGUUCAUGGGUUAGAACUGUGUUUCUCUGGGGAGUCACCUCAUGUCUCUCUGGCUUUCCCUUUCUUCCCCAAUCCCUCUGAGCAAGUCUGGAAUUUUCCUAUAGCAGUCUCUACAGCAAAUGUCCACAAGUCCCAAACUCCACAGGCGCUUGGCUCCAAAUGUCUCUGUUUUUAGCCCCUCAGCACCAAGCAGCUCUGCCUUCAGGUAGCUCUGUGCUUUCACUUCCAGCCACUCACAUGGCUGAGUUCACA